UCAGAUUUUCUGGCUGAUAUAGAUAUCUGGAAUUCAAAAUUUCUGACACGACUCUAUGUAUAUGAUUUUAUUUUCUUGCUCCGUAUUCUUUGUACUCAAAUGCAAAAUUUAACCAUCUUCUUCUGAAAUCCUCAUAGUAUUGUGAAAAUUUGUUGGCUACUGACUGCCUAAGAUCCCCUAUCUGAAUCAUUUUACAUUUUUAGUUCUUUGUAUAUUAACUUUUUUUUUUUUUCCAGAUAUCCUUUUGUUUUUUGGUUGGGACUCUUGUUUUUGGAUAAGACAAACCAUCCAGCACACAGACAUUUAAACAAGAUAUGGAUAUUAGUAAUGAGGCCAGUGUUGAUCCAUUUCCGAUUGGACCUUCAACCAUUGUGGGUCGAACGAUUGCAUUUAGAAUCUUGUUCUGCAAGUCAAUGUCACAAUUCAGGUAUCAAGUCUUUCACGUGCUGUUGAAAUUUAUCUAUAGGUGUAGGAACUUUUUGGAAAAUGUGAUAUCAUGGUUGCAUCCUCAAAACCCGCAAGGGAUAUUGGCAAUGGUGACAAUUAUUGCUUUUCUUUUGAAACGGUACACAAAUGUAAAAUUGAGGGCUGAAAUGGCUUAUAGAAGGAAAUUUUGGAGGAAAAUGAUGAGAGGUGCAUUAACAUAUGAGGAAUGGUUUCAUGCUGCUAAGAUGGUUGAUAAGGAGACCCCAAAAAUGAAUGAAUGGGAUCUUUAUGAUGAAGAACUGGUUAGGAACAAAAUUAAAGAGCUCCGCCACCGUCGCCAAGAGGGAUCCUUGAGGGAUAUAAUCUUUUGCAUGAGAGCUGAUCUGAUUAGAAAUCUUGGUAACAUGUGCAAUCCUGAGCUUCACAAGGGUAGGCUCCAAGUUCCAAAACUCAUUAAGGAAUAUAUUGAUGAGAAGCUCUCUUUCAUGCAUGAAACAAGACAUGCUUUUGGUAGGACAGCUUUGCUUUUGAGUGGGGGUGCUUCCCUGGGAGCCUUUCAUGCGGGUGUUGUGAAAACACUGGUGGAGCAUAAGCUCUUGCCAAGGAUAAUUGCUGGUUCUAGUGUGGGAUCCAUCAUGUGUUCCAUUGUUGCAACUCGUUCUUGGCCUGAGCUUCAAAGUUUUUUUGAGGAUUCCUGGCAAAAAAUUAAAUUUUUUGAUCAGCUGGGUGGAAUCUUUACUGUUGUGAGGAGGGUCAUGAGACAAGGUGCUGUUCAUGAGAUUAGGCAGUUGCAAUUGAUGUUAAGGCAUCUUACAAGUAACCUUACAUUUCAAGAGGCAUAUGAUAUGACAGGCCGCAUUCUUGGAAUAACAGUUUGCUCCCCAAGGAAGCAUGAACCACCUAGAUGCCUUAAUUACUUGACUUCCCCUCAUGUUGUAAUAUGGAGUGCAGUAACUGCUUCUUGUGCCUUUCCAGGCCUUUUUGAAGCACAGGAGCUAAUGGCAAAAAAUAGGAGUGGAGAACUUGUUCCUUAUCACCCACCCUUCAAUUUGGAUCCUGAGGAGGGUUCAGGAACAUCUGCACGUCGAUGGAGGGAUGGGAGCCUGGAGGUUGACUUACCUAUGAUGCAAUUGAAGGAACUGUUCAAUGUCAAUCAUUUCAUUGUAAGUCAGGCAAACCCCCACAUUGCUCCAUUGUUGAGGAUGAAGGAGUUUGUGAGAGCCUGCGGUGGCAACUUUGCUGCCAAGCUUGCUCAGCUCACUGAAAUGGAAGUAAAACAUAGAUGCAAUCAGAUAUUGGAACUUGGCUUUCCAUUGGGGGGACUUGCCAAGCUGUUUGCUCAAGAUUGGGAGGGUGAUGUUACUGUUGUUAUGCCAGCUACACUUGCACAGUACUUAAAAAUCAUACAAAAUCCAACUCACGUGGAGGUCCAGAAAGCUGCAAACCAAGGGAGAAGAUGCACUUGGGAGAAGCUUUCAGCCAUAAAAGCAAAUUGUGGCAUUGAGCUUGCUCUUGAUGAGUGUGUUGCAAUUCUUAACCACAUGCGAAGGCUGAAAAGGAGUGCUGAGAGAGCUGCUGCUGCUACUUCUUCUCAUGGCUUAGCUGGUCCAUUGAAAUUCAGUGCUUCAAAAAGAAUUCCUUCAUGGAAUUGCAUUGCUCGAGAGAACUCAACAGGCUCCCUUGAUGAAGAUGUUACAGAAGCUGCUUCCAAUAUUCAUCAUGGCAUUGGUGGGUCCACAGGAGCAUCAAACUCUUGUAGGAAUUUGCGGAACCACCGUAAUAGCCAUGAUGGAAGCGAUAGUGAAUCAGAAAAUGUAGAUUUACAUUCUUGGACAAGAUCUGGUGGGCCAUUGAUGAGGACUACUUCUGCAGAUUUGUUCAUUGAUUUUGUUCAGAAUCUAGAUGUUGAUUCUGAACCUACCAAGGGUUCAAUGGUUCAUCCCAGUUCUCCUGGAAUUCAGAUGGGAGGAGGAGAUCCAUCCAGUCAGAGCUCAAGGUUAACUUCACCAGAUAGAAACUCAGAUCUUGAAUUUGAUCAGAGGGAUUUAAGCAACCGAACCCCUGUCACUGGCUCUAGCCUUAUGGUUACUGAAGGUGAUCUUUUGCAGCCUGAAAGGAUCCAUAAUGGAAUUGUGCUAAAUGUUGUUAAGAGAGAGAACCUGGCACUUUCAAAUAGGAAUCAAGAUUUAGAAAAUUACAACACAGAAGUGGCUGAAUGCAUGCAGCUUGAUUGUCCUGAAAAGGAGACAGAUGCUAGCUCAUCAUCUGAAGAUGGUGAUGAUGAUACUCCCACUGAAAAGAACCAAGAUGAAACAGGUACUGAUUCUAGUUCCAAGGAUCAUUCUAACAUAAAUGAGAGAGACAAUCAAAAUGUUAUGGAUGCAUAAAUUGGAUGUCAUUUUGCUUCACUUCAGUUGUAAUUGUUUCUUCUUGUUCAAUGAAAUGAAAACCCUUCCUCUUUGACAUGUUUUUUAGCAGUCAGAACUGAAAAUACAUUCUUUGAUUCUUUCUUAGAAAAUGCUGAAUAGUCUUUAGAUUGUAACUCUUUGUUGAAGAUAUAGUGGAAGAAUGAUUAGGCACCAAAUCAUGAACAUGUGAUUUGGAUCAAGUUUGUGUGGAGCAGAUGGUUUCUGCCAUGGUUUUGGUUUAUCUGUUACAGCCGACAGAACAAAAACAAAAGACCAGUAGACUAUAAAAGGGAUAGAAGGUCCUGCCUGAUGACAUGAUUCCCACAUGGCAAUGAAGUCGACUCCGUAUACAAAUAACUUUUCCUCCUUUAUUUCUUGCACGUUUAAAAGAUUGCAUGUCAUGUUCACUUUGUAGGCGUUUUGAUUCACUACC